UAGGAUGUGUUGUGUUUUCAUAAACCCUGUAAAACCCGUUUCGGUUUCGCAAAACCCAGCCAAUCAUUUUCAGGGAGAACUUUCAUCAAACACCAUGAGCUCCCCUCCAAACAACUCUUCCUCCUCCGUCAACCGCCUCGAUACCAUGUUCCUCCACCAUCUAAUGCGCAGCCUUCAGGUUCAAAAUUCUGACAACCAACUUACCGACGAGGAUUUCAUUUCCGACGACGACGAAGAAGAACUAGAAUACGAGCCCCAUCCCUACCAAGACAAUGGACUAAGCGCAACCUUUCAAGAAGAAUCUCAGAUUGAAGCUGAAGUCGUUUACCGAAUUCUCAAUGGGAAAUCGCAUUCGCUGAAGCCUAAUUCUGGUGAAACGGUUAUAAUUUGUGAAAGUAGCAUUGCUGUUGGGUUUCAUGCGGAAGAAGAAGGGGAGUAUAUUGUGUGGGAAUGGCAUGGUCACAUUCCGAGGUACACUGAAGACCAUGAGUUUUCUCUUGAGUAUAUCUAUGGGAAUUACUUUCAGAGGAUUGUGCCUGAGGAGUGUACUCCCACACCGCCUCGAGUAGAUGCAGCGGUUGAUAUGGGCUUGAAGGACUUGUUUGAUGGUGUUGUCAAUCCCGCCCCUGGUAGGAUUCUUCAUCGCAAUCUCAACAUUGGUUCCACUCCUCCCAGAAUUUGCAGGCUCUAAGAAUUUCGUCAUUGGAUUUUAAAAUUUAAAGGAUCGCAGGCAGAGGUCAUAGUCAUCAUCUCCUUCCUUUUGUGAAGCAAAGAUAGUUUUCCCAUUUUCCCAGUACAGAUCUCAAGAAUAAGCCUGCAUCUGUAUGCCUGUUUGACUUUCAAAUCAUACUUGUAAAGGAUGCAAGACAUGGUUUUUUAAUAAUUUGUCAUCUUUGCUGGGUGAAUUAAUAUGACAUUUUUAUAUUUGGUCCAUUAUCAUGAUUAUAUUUAGCCAUUUGUUA